AUGAAAACAAUUCUGGUUACUGGCGGAACAGGAUUAGUUGGAAGCGCAAUCAAACAGGUUGUGGAAACAACUGAAAAGCGCGAAGAAGAACAAUGGGUCUUCAUUGGCAGCAAAGAUUGUGAUCUGGAGAAUAUAGAUGAAACUAGAAAGUUGUUUGAUUCCGUUAAACCAACUCAUGUAAUUCAUCUAGCCGCUAUGGUCGGUGGCCUCUUCCAUAAUUUGGCUCACAACUUGAAGUUUUUCCGUAAGAAUAUGGCUAUCAAUGACAACGUUUUGGCGUUAUGUCACGAGUUCGAUGUCGUGAAAUGCGUCUCGUGUCUAUCAACUUGCAUUUUCCCGGAUAAAACCACUUACCCAAUAGAUGAAAAAAUGGUGCACCUAGGACCACCACAUGAUUCGAACUUUGGAUAUUCGUAUGCUAAGCGAAUGAUUGAUGUCCUCAACAAGGGAUAUGCGCAGGAACAUGGAAGAAAAUAUACCUCCGUCAUUCCAUGUAAUGUUUUUGGUCCACAUGACAACUACAAUCUUCAGGCAGGUCAUGUACUUCCAGCAUUAAUCCACAAGGCAUACGUUGCAAAACGAGAUGACACAUCUCUGGAAGUAUUUGGGUCUGGAAAACCACUUAGACAGUUCAUCUACUCAUUGGAUCUUGCUAGACUUUUCAUUCGAGUAGUGAGAGAGUACGAGGACGUUGAACCAAUUAUUCUAUCCGUUGGUGAAUCAGAUGAAGUAUCUAUUCGCGACGCUGUCUCCGCAGUUGUCAAAGCCAUCGAUUUCACUGGAAACGUGGAAUAUGAUACGUCGAAAGCUGAUGGUCAAUUUAAGAAGACUGCUUCAAACGAAAAGUUGUUGAAACUGUUCCCAGAUUUCAAGUUCACUCCAUUCGAUCAGGCCAUUCAAGAAUCAGUUCAGUGGUUCGUCGAGAACUACGACUCUGCUAGAAAGUGA